AUGGUACUUGGUGGUGUAGUUGGGGGACGAAUAACAGCAAACCGGAAGAGUGUAUUACAGAGAUUAAAUACCGUCACGACCACCCAUUUAUUGUGUAAUAGGCUUUGUUCGGGUUGUGCUGUUACCUCUUUAUCUGGAUCGGACUCGGAGAAGCCCAAAUCUCAGAGAUUGCCGCGCCGUACAAAGCGCACCAAUUAUGCAGACCGAGAGCAGCUGAUGUUCCCUGACUUGUUUGUUGCAUCCUCUGAGGGGGAAGCAGUGUCAUGUGGCUCGUGGGAAUCGCUGGACGAAGGUGUGAUGCAACCACCUCAGCCACAUGCUGCCGCAUCGUCUUUACGCCUUUCUGCAUUUGUGCUGGGGGCUUUGGCAAUGCCCCUUGUCGGCCCCAUAACCUACGGCAUACUGAACGCCAUGGCCUAUGUUGGCUACACUAUGGGGCGUGUCUCCUUUUAUACGCGGUAUAGUGUAGCGCCGCCACUAUCGACAUCAGGAGGCAACUCAACAUCGGCAACACCGUCGCCGGUUCUGCUGCGGACAUCCUUGUCUUCCCCUAUGGACGUUGAAGCUUCAAUACAGCAGCUUAUUGCUGCAGGGGCCUACGCGCAAGCGGCAGCGCUUUCCACCACAACUGUUCAUCAGGCGGAAUGCGCCAACUCGCGGGAGUCGCUCACCGCCAGUGAUAACAGCGGGACCGUUUCGGCUGAAAAUAUUUUUUUGGAAAAUUUAAACGGAACGCCCUACUUUCGGGGCCUCCUGCAGGGCACGACACUUGAUUGUAUUCGGGUGGGAAGUAGCCCCAUCCACAGCAGGGGACUCUUCACGACAAAGGCGUUACCACGCGGCACUCGGGUGGUAGUUGCCCCACAGCGCACAUAUAUGGACGCCGCCCAGUUGGUGCUAUUACUUGGCGAUACGCACACGCGGUUGCCAGACACAUUUCACUACACGCACCCAACAGGUUCAUUAAUGGAGCUUGUCACUCAACCGCUGCCACACCAUCUCAUGAACCAUAGUUGUGAACCCAAUUGCUGCUGUGGGCUUUCGAAAGAAUUUUGGCCGGCGGCUGCUGCAACAGGUGAAUAUUCCGAAUGUAAGGAAGUCUUGAGUCGAAUAGAAAACUUUCCGUACUUCGGGGAUGCGAAUAGUUUCUUCACCACCCGUGAUGUGCCAGCGGGCUCCGAGUUGACGAUUAGCUACUCGCACAGAGUGGCACCACUUUUUUAUGGUGAAAAUGCACUGAAGAAGUACUUUGUUGUCUGCCGUUGCGGCUCUUCAAACUGCAGGCACUUCGUGUACAAACAAACUGACGAAGUUUCACAAUAUUUUGCAGGGCGUAAACACUGCAAAGAUAAAAACGGCAUCUUAUCGCGGUUUAUAUGCAAUGGUGGAAACAACGUACGGGUAAACGGUAAUCGUAAUAUUGGUGAUGACAGCAUAAAGGAAGUGGGGAAGCUCCUGCGGAUGGGCUACGAUGAUGAAACAGUUUUCUUGUCGCUUCUUUCGUCAAGGAAGCCGCUUCUUCGCUACAUGCAAGCGCACCUCGCAGCAUCGCGGCGCUCAGCGACGAAACGAGAAUUGCUUAUGUGCUACAGACACGUAUUCAAAUUUCUCAAUGAGGCCUCACCAGUCGACUAG